UAGUCGAACUCAAAUAUAAUAUUACAGGGAGCAAAACGAAGAAGAAGACGUCUGAGCCUAAACUGUGCCACCAUCGCAUACCCAUACCUCUUUCUUCCGUCGAAGUCGCAGAAAAAAGAGACAAUCAGAUCUAAUUAUAAUUCUCCGAUUAUUAUCUUUCCCUAUUUUCUCUCUCCUACUUUCUUCUCCCCUAAAUCUCUCCACAAGCUCACACUUAGGUUUCAAGACUUCUUGUUGCAUUCGCCUGAUUGUUUCUUGCAAUAGAGACAAUUCAGGGAAUGCUGAAAGAUGUGGCUAUCGGUUGGGGGGUGUUUUGUUCAAGUCAAUGAGGCUAGGAACUUGCCUGUCCUAGCGUCGUCGACGUUUAAUGACAUUGGACGCCCUCGUCGUUGCUUUCGAGGGAUAAUUUGUUAUAGGAUGCCCUCUGUAUUCAUGUAUAACCUUAGCGGGGAUGGUUAAUCUUCGUUUGAUGUUUUAGUCUCCCUGCUGUGUAAAGAAAGUAUAGGGUUUCAGUGUUGGCAGGAGAUUUGUAUCUUAUUAUUGCUGCUUAGGUUUUUUUUUUUUGGGAAAUUUCGUGUUUUGCCAUGGAGUAUAAGACGGGUGUGCUGAUGCAAAGGUACGAGAUAGGGAGAUUACUUGGCCAAGGUACCUUUGCUAAGGUUUAUUAUGCAAGAAGUCUUGAAACUGGCCAGAGUGUGGCCAUUAAAGUGAUUGACAAGGAGAAGGUUUUAAGAGUAGGGCUCAUGGAUCAGAUUAAGAGAGAAAUUUCUGUCAUGGGAAUGGUUAGACACCCGAACAUUGUGCACUUGUAUGAAGUCAUGGCGACCAAGACUAAGAUUUACUUUGUAAUGGAACAUGCUAAAGGUGGUGAACUCUUUGACAAGUUGACCAAAGGAAGGCUAAAGGAGGAUGUUGCUCAGAAAUAUUUUAGACAGUUGAUUAGUGCUGUUGACUUUUGCCACAGCCGGGGAGUUUUUCAUCGUGAUCUGAAACCUGAAAACUUGCUCCUGGAUGAAAACGAGAAUUUGAAGGUUACGGAUUUUGGGUUGAGUGCUCUAGCUGAUUGUAAACGACAAGAUGGUUUGCUCCACACAACUUGUGGUACCCCUGCGUAUGUUGCUCCUGAAAUCAUCAGCAGGAAAGGCUAUGACGGGGCCAAAGCUGAUAUAUGGUCUUGUGGGGUGAUUCUGUUUGUUCUCGUGGCUGGUUAUCUUCCAUUUCAUGAUUCGAAUCUGAUGGAGAUGUAUAGAAAGAUUGGUAAAGCAGAAUAUAAGUGCCCUAGUUGGUUUCCCAAGGAUGCACGAAGGCUAUUAGGAAAGAUCUUGGACCCGAACCCUGAUACAAGAAUCACAAUGGCUAAAAUAAAGGAGAGUUCUUGGUUCAGAAAGGAAUUGUCACCAAAACCUGUCCAGCCAGAAUCAGACAGCAAAGAAGUUCUUGAUGUAGAAACUGAUGGAGAUCCAGGUCCUUCUAGAAGUAGCACUGCUGCCAAUGAAGAAUCGAGGCAAGAGCUGAUUAAACCUGCUGAGUUAAAUGCAUUUGAUAUCAUUUCCCUUUCAUGUGGCUUCAAUCUGUCUGGCUUAUUCGAUGACUCUAGUCACAAGAAGGAAGCAAGAUUUACUUCUAGGGAACCUGCUUCUGUUAUAAUCUCUAAGCUUACAGAAAUGGCUAAACGCUUAAAGCUAAAAGUAAGGAGGAUGGACAAAGGGUUGCUAAACUUCGAGCGCACUACUGAUGGAAGGAAAGGUGCUGUAUCAAUCGAUACAGAAAUAUUUGAGGUCACCCCUUCUUUCUAUUUGGUUGAGCUUAGAAAAGCCAAUGGAGAUACUCUAGAAUAUCAGAAGGUUGUAAUGGAAGAUGUUAGGCCUGCUCUAAAAGAUAUUGUUUGGGCCUGGCAAGGCGAACAACACCUGCAAGAGCAAGAGCAACAACAACAACAACCACCACCAUUGAUUGAUCAGCAACCACAACAACCUUUGCUAACGCAGCAACCAGCGCAAAAUCAGCCGCAAUCAUAGCAGGAGCCUUCUUGAAACUUAUUCUUAGCCUUUUUGGUUCCAUACUUUUUUCAUGAUCUUAAUGAUUGGAGUCUGGAGACUGGAGAGCUUGUCAACACUAACAAGAGACAUGUUACCAUUAGCUUCAGAUGACUUGUCUGCCUUUAUUGCUGAUUUUUCAUGCCUUUGCAACAAGGCAAAGCUUGUUUAUGUGGCAAGUACUUAUUUGGAUAUAAAUAAUAUGUGUAGUUCGAUAUAUUCACAGUUGUAUCUACUUUUGCAUCAAGCUUUAUGCAUAAAUUUUGGAGUACUCCCAUAUUAACAAGUUUACCCUUCUUUUGUAGCUCUGAACUUGUUCAGUUUAAACCACAACUCUUUAUGAUACCUGAAUUUUCUCUUCAA